AUGAGGAAUAGAGCAGCACGUUACGUGGGUCAGUUCUUUGGGACCCUUCUGUUGGCGCUAUGCUCGCGGAUCGCAUCGGGAGAGCUAGCAUUGGAGGGCGAUAACGUUUGCUACCGCUACGAGAGCUACACUGAAACUGAGACCAUUCCGCGGAAUCAAACGGUACAGGUUCUGACGCGACAGUGGUGCCUGGAGAUUCCACCCCGAUGCACGUCUUAUCGUACAGAAAUCAAGGAAGUGUUUGUGAAGCAGAACGUCACCAAAACGAGGCGCGUCGAGUUCUGCUGCGAGGGCUACCAGGAGCACCGGACCGGAAGCGGCCCGACCACCGAGUGUCGUCCGAUUUGCCGCGGUGGCUGCGUCCACGGGGUGUGCCUGGCCCCGAACGUGUGUAGCUGCGAGGCCGGAUUCAGUGGCAAGCACUGCCUGCAGCGAUGUCGGAACGGAACGUGGGGUGUGAACUGCAAAAACCGAUGCCACUGUCAGAACUACGCGCUUUGCGACACGAAAACGGGCCACUGCCGGUGUGUCGAAGGCUGGAUGGGCAAAUACUGCGAAACACCGUGCCCGGAAGGCCACUAUGGGACGAUGUGUGGUAGCCGAUGCGCUUGUCGAACGCGACAUUGCCAUCCGCACACCGGAGCCUGCUUGCCGGACGACGAGGUGGUGAUGUUCGAAAACAUUACGCGGACGGUCGAGAGCGGCUUCUCGUCGGAGAGCACCGAACGCAUCUCGGCGGAGCAGUGGAUUAAGGUCGGAAACGAUACGCUACCGGAGGUGAGCAGCGUUGGGCCAGCUACUACUACUAGUGGUAUCAACGGCAGCUCUAGCAGCACUACAUCAACUCCGUCGCCAAGCACAACAACGACCGCAAGCGACACCGAUGGAUCGAGCUCGAGUCCUAGUGCGACGUACGCCGAGUCGUACCAUGAGUAUCUGCCAAACAACACCGAGAUGAGUAUGGUGCUGACUAAAGGACACUCGCGUCACGCCAACAACGACAGCGUGUACGAGCUCGUCACGACGACGUCACGCGUCGAGAUCACCUUCAUCGAUACGGCGGUCAAAAAAGUCGACGAUCACCACCAACCACCGGGUAAUGCUUCUCGGGAGGAGGAUGACGGCGAAGGAGACAUCGUCCACACGAACGGCACCCAGCUCGUUUACCUCGAGUCCUCGAAUCAACCCGUCCUGGUCGGCAUAUCCGACACCGGCGCGGCCGAUCGGAAUCGGGCGCAGGACGAGGUGAACGAUCGGCAGGCGUUCGUAACGAUCUCGUGUUUGCUCAUCACGCUGGCGCUCCUGAUCUCGGUGGUGGCGUACCUGAAGCGCUUGGACCGGAAAACGCUGGCCAAACCGACGAACGUGGUCACUCCGGCCCCGGUGAAGAUCGUCGACGAGAGCGUUCAGACCGGGCUCGAUCAGAGCCGUUCGUCGGAACCGUUGCCGGACCUGCCGCACGUCACGUACACACGGGUGAAGCCAAAGCCCUUCCGAAACGGUGAUAUCGAACACUACGAUGUGCCGGCCAACAACAGCUUCAUCCACCGGGCCAAGUCCUCGCCGUACAACUACAAUUUCUCCGUCAACAACAAACAGGCUCCGCGCAAGUACAGUCUCGAGCAUAUCUACGACGAAAUCCAGUAUCCUCCGGUGCCGGAAGUGGCCGGAAGCAGUGGCACUUCGACACUCGCGCGAGAUGAGACGGACGGUAGCUACAGCAACCCGGCGGUCAUCACGUACCUCAAGUGGUGUCUGCUCGUGGCCGUGGCUCUGCUGUGCCAGUUUGGGCUGGCGCCCGGCCAGGAGGGGGUGAAAACGUGGCGCAAGGGUGGCGUCAAGGGUGGCCACGAACCGGCCAAUGGGACGCAAAUGGUGGAUGCAACCGAGCUGGGCCGGAACCAGACCGUGUCGAUGGUGGAUCUGCACCGAUCCAACGAAUCCGUGAGCGCUCUGGAUCGGUUCCUGAACAAGACCAAGACUCAGAUGCCGGCCGGAGUGUGCUUCGAGGAAGUCCCCACCGUUUCGUUGCUGCGCCACGACCACCGCGGUGAUGUUCCGGUUGGCAAUGGGUCGGAUCCGUCGCUCAGCCGAGUGCAGGUCUGCUGCGCCGGGUACGAGCGGAACGUGCACAACUUCCGCAAGUGUGAACCGAUCUGCAUCGAGCCGUGCUUGAACGGGCUCUGCAUAGGACCGAACACCUGCGAGUGCUAUCCGGAGUUUGUCCGCAACCCGCGGGGCCGCUGCGUUCCGACGUGUCCGAUCGGGUGCGAUCACGGUGAGUGUCAACCCGGGACGAACGUGUGCCAAUGUCACGAGGGAUACGAGCUCGACCGGGACGACGGGAAGCUGUGUGUUCCCCGGUGUUCCGGUGGCUGCGGAGAGGCCGGCCGGUGCGUGGACGUGGAGCGAUGCGAGUGUGGCGAAGGAUUUGAGUUUCACCCGCAGCAAAAGUGUGCCCCACAGUGUGCCGGUGGCUGCCGGAACGGGAAGUGUGUCGCACCCGGCGUUUGUCAGUGUGAGGCCGGCUACACCCGGGAGGACACCGGUUGUGAACCGAUCUGCUCCAAUGGAUGCUUCCACGGGACUUGCCUUGCCCCGGAAACCUGCUCCUGCAAACCGGGCUACAAGCUGUCCAGCGAAGGCCAGUGUAUCGCCGGUUGUGAAAAACCGUGUCUCCAUGGCGAAUGCACCGGACCGAACGUAUGCACGUGCGAUCGUGGCUAUGAGAACGAUGCGGCCAAUCCCUUCCACUGCAUUCCCCACUGCCCGAACGGAUGCCCGAACGGUGUGUGCUCGGGACCCAACAUGUGCCUCUGCAAUGCCGGCUACGUCAAGGAUCGUUCGCUGAAAGGAAGUCAAGCUUGCGUGCGGCGUUUUGAUUCCGUCAAAUCUCGAUCUCACGCCAGUGUGUUCCGUGUGGCCAUGCUCUAUCUGAAGAUCAUCGUGGCCGGCAUCCUGCUGAUGGUGGCACUCGGCACGACCGUGGUCUAUGGCGCCUGCUCGAAGACGACGGUCAAAAUCGAGUACACGGUGAAGAACGGCAAACGGGUGCCGGUGGUGAAGCAACCGUGCUGCCAGGGCUACAAGCGCGUGAAGCUACGCUGCGUACCGACGUGCUCGCAGACCUGCGAGAACGCCAAGUGCACCGCCCCGGAUGUCUGCACCUGCAACGAGGGCUACGAGAAGCUAUCGAAUCACAGAUGCAUCCCGUACUGCAGCGACUGCGAUAAUGGUAUCUGCACCAAGCCGGGCCACUGCCAGUGCCAUACCGGCUAUCGGCGGUCCGAGAAUGGCACGUGCUUGGCGGAGUGUGGCAACUGCCCGAACGGCUACUGUGCCCAACCGGACGUGUGCCAGUGCUACGAGGGGUACGAGUUCGAAGGGGUCGCGAGCGAGGAGCGCUCCUGUCGUCCGGUUUGCCCCGGCGGAUGUCCGAAUGGGCAGUGCGUCGCUCCGGGCGAGUGUCUCUGCCGCGAGGGCUUCGAAGCGGGACCCUCGGGGGAUUGCGUGGCGCCCACCACAACGGCCUCGACGCCAAGCUGCCCGGAAGGAUACGAAGAGACGGUCGAGGAACCGCACGGAAGCCGCGUCUGUAGGCCGGUCUGUAGCGAGCCCUGCCGGAACGGGGUUUGUGUGGGCCCGGAUCGGUGCGAGUGUUUUCCGGGCUAUUCGUCCGACAAUUCGAGCUCCCCGGCCGAGUGCGGGCCGGUGUGCAACGGAGGGUGCAGCAAUGGCGAUUGCGUUGCACCCGGGAAGUGCAUCUGCCGGCCCCAGUACGGCAAGAUCGGGGACGAGUGUGUGCCGCUGUGCGAAAAGUGUUCCCUCGGUCAUUGCGUGCGGCCGAAUGUUUGUGUUUGCGAUCGGGGUUACCGGCUGAUCGACGGGGAUUGUGUGCCGAUCUGCGAGACGGAGUGCAAGAAUGCGGUGUGCACCGGGCCGAAUGCAUGCACCUGCCUGCCCGGUUACAACUAUACCGACAUCAACGCCCUGUUCGACUGUUUGCCGGUCUGCGACGUCGAGUGCAUCAACGGGCGGUGUGUCGCACCGCAGAAGUGUGAAUGUAACGAAGGAUACGUGCAGGACGAUGAACACUCGUGCAUCCACCCGGUCGAGUUGUGCCGCCUGCGGUGCGUCAACGGGCAGUGUCGUGGGGCGGAGUGCCAUUGCAACGCAGGCUACGUGAAAAGUGUCCUCGACGGUCACUGUGAAAGGACGUGCCCGUACGGCUGCACCAACGGUGAUUGUCGCGUUGGUGAGUGCUUCUGCCACGACGGCUAUCGGCUCCAGCUGGACAACAGCUCCGUGUGUGAGCCGAUCUGUGGCGAGGACUACGACUACGGCAGCCCCGUGGGCUGCACGAAUGGCCGUUGCAUUCGGCCCAACGUGUGCCAGUGUGACGCGGGUUACGAGUUCGUGGACGCAAACCAGACCCGCUGUGAGUCAAGCGAAGAGCUCGCACGGCAGCGGGAGGCCCAGGAGCGGGCGGCGCUGUGUCGGCGUAGCUGCCGUAACGGCAAGUGCCGGGCUGGGGAGUGCUGGUGCGACGACGGGUACGCCAAACCGGAAGGAACGGGCAGUUUUGGGUGUAAGCCGGUGUGCGGCGAAGCGUGUCGGAAUGGGACGUGUGUCCUGCCGGAGCGGUGCGAGUGCAACGCAGGGUUCGUGUUCGUCAACGGAAGCACCAGUCAGUGUCGGGUGGAGGAAGAGCUUCGCCGGGAGGCCCACGAACGGUGUGUGGCGCUGUGCGAGAACGGAGAAUGUCACGGGGAUCAGUGUUUCUGUAUGCUGGGCUACAAGGCCCCGGCUGAGGAGCCUUUCCGCUGCCAGCCGAUCUGCGAGAGACCCUGCGAGAAGGGCGAGUGCGCUGGAAACGAUCGCUGUCGGUGCUGGGAAGGGUACGGACUGAGCCCGUUCGAUGAUCACCGCUGUGAUCCGGUCUGCGAUCCCGAGUGCGCCAACGGUCGGUGUGUAGCUCCCGAUGAGUGCUCCUGUGACCCGGGUUAUGUGCGAAGCGACACCGAAGCGGCCAACGUGUGCUCGAAGGAGGAAACCCCCGAAGAACGCUUGGCUAGGGUGCAGCAAGCCGAAUGCCAACUCGAGUGCCGCAAUGGAUGGUGCGAGAACGGCGAGUGUCGGUGUUGGGAGGGGUUUCGCCAGGCGCAGGACAACCCGCUGGACUGUGGACCGUUUUGUGAGCGACCGUGCGAAUUUGGUCGGUGCCUUGGCAACAAUUCGUGCGAGUGUAUCGAGCAGUACGAGCUCGUGGAACCGUUUGUCUGUGGUCCGAUCUGCGAAAUGGACUGCGUUAAUGGGUUCUGUGGUGCACCCGGGCGCUGUCAGUGUCACGAUGGGUACGUUCCGUCGGCCGAGGCCGAAAACACCUGCGAACCGGUGUGUGGAGAUGCGGGCUGUACGAACGGUGUUUGCGUGGCACCGAACGAGUGCAGCUGCUGGGAUGGCUACUACCCGGACGAGGACGACACGUUCCUGUGCCACAUCGAUGCCAAAGUUAUACUGCAAUCGCAAGAUCAAAGUGGCAGCGCCGGUACCGAUUACUACAAGAUGUCCUACAUCCACUACUUCGUCCCGCUGAUCGCGGCCGUCGCCCUGAUCGUGGCGAUUCUCGUGGUGAAAACGAUCGUCCGGAAUCGCCAGAAGGACUACCACGUGGGCAAGUUGGGUAACGUACGGCGAAAGCAGCGCCGCCGCCAAGCCAACCAUGGUGCCAGUUCGGCCGACUAUAACGAUUACAAUUUGGUCGUUCUCUUCCCUACAGAGAGCAAGGAAAACUGCGUCUACUUCAUGCCGAAUCCGGACUCGAAAACUGACGAGCUUACGAAAUUGAAUCUCGAAAUCGAAACCAUUUGACGGGCAAGGGGCAUUUCCGGCACUUCGCGUAAGGAGAAGACUGGUUUUCCUUUUCGUCUCUGUAAAUAUCGUAGUUGCUAGUUUGCGAUAGGACGUAGGCCUUUAAGUUACUGUUCUCGAGUAACCAACCACGUAAUCCACCAAACAA